CGCGCUAGUGUCGUAUAGGUGCCCGCAAUGGCAAAUUUCUAAAAAUCGACUUUGGUCUCUGGGACCUAUACGAUUGUUGCAUGAAGCCUACAAGGAAGCACGAUGACAUCUGUCACAUUGCCGUCAAGCUCAGGUACGUUGAAUGGAGGAUAUUCAUCAUCAGUGGCAGAAAAAAUUCCGAACACCAAAUCAGACUUUGAAGCUCUACGCACAAUUAAACGUUCACUAAGUAUAACAUCAUCUGAAUCAUGUAAGAAACGUAGAAAACAAUCGACCCCAAUAAGAAUAUCCACCAGCGAAACAGACAAUUCUGUUGCCAAUUCAAACGAAGGUAAACCCGUCGUGCCUUCUCCCGAACCAAAUAUCCGCUGUUCAGUCUGUCAACAUUCCUUUUCGAAUUCUGAACAGCUACAAAAUCAUAUUUUGUGUGAACAUCCUCCAUUAGAGUGCAAGAAAGAACCCGAAGAACACUGCACAACACCUUCGCCAUAUUUAGAAGGGUCAGAAACGCCAAUGGGACUGUCCAUGAUGCGCUCUGAUAUGCCAUGGGUCAACGAAAUGCAGAACAAAGAAUGGAUGGGUUCGAACCUAGCAAGCCUUCCUUUUAAUCCAACAAAUCCGAUGUUUAUGGCAUUACCUCAAUUCUCGCACACCGAAAAUAUUUCUUUAAAACCGAUAAGGAUCUUCAAUCCUGACGCUUACUGUGAUCUUUGCAACAAGGAGUUCUGCAACAAAUAUUUCCUAAAGACACACAAAGCUAACAAACACGGCAUUUACACAGAUAGUUCAUCAUCUGAACCUUUGCAAACAUCUAUGAGUGUCCCAACACUUACAACCACUAUGAAACUAACGAAUACCGUGCCAACUAUAGAACAACCUACGAAUACAAACGAAGCAAAAACCCCAGUUAACUUGAUCAAUGCGUUCAACAACAUUUUCCAGAAUCCCUUUUCGAAUCCAGCUAGUUUACCAGAGUGCGAAAUGAACGAGAAUGUUGCAAUGUCGAACGGAGUGUCAUCCUCUAGUGGAAGUGAUAAGAUGUUUUCAGAUGAUCCGCACGCCGAAGAUAAUACUAGUCCCUAAGUAGCAGAUCCAGCCCUAAAGCCGGGAGAUUUAGCAGAUUUAAGUCACCGAUAUUUCAGUCAUUUCACUGAAGUUUGUACGAUAUGUAGUCGACGAUUUAGAAGUACGAAAUGGUUGAAAGCUCAUUUAGUGACGGAUCACGGGCAAGCGGGAGCUGAGAAAUGGGCUGAAAUCGAACAACAACUACAACAAAAUCGUAUAAAUCCCAAACCAUCUACACCCGCUAGUAUAGAAGGUAGUCCAAACUUGAAAAUACCCAAUGGGGGACAUGAAGCACAACAGAAAGUCGGAGUCCAAAAUUUUAUAUCUAGUUUAUUUGGAAUAGAUGAAGGUAAUACAAAAAUGUAUCAGUGCUCCUAUUGUCCGUUUACGUCACCUUUAUUACCACUAUUAUUUGUUCAUGAGAGGUCACAUUCGAUGAAUAUUGAAGGGUUUUCAUUAAAAUGUCCCAUAUGUCCUCAAAAUUUCGUGGAAAGGCAACAAUUGCAACAUCAUAUAUUAUCACAACAUUCCUUUCUUUUACCAAACACAAUUAAAGAAGAAGAUGUUGGCUCGAAAGAAACUUGUAAAGAGAGUUCCGAGGAAGAGGAUCUUACGAAGCAAGAGUAUGGUACGUGUUCAUCUAGUCAGGAAAAAAGCCAGAGCCAGAAUCAGAAACAAUCAUCUUCCCCAGUCAAAGUAAAGCAAAUCGAGUUGUCGUCUGAGAUAGAAGAGUCGUUAAAGGAUGUAGCCAAGAGGAUGCAAUGGCCGGCGACGUAUGCAAUUCCUCAAAGCCAGAAUCAGAAUCAGAUUCCAUCGGAGCAGGACCAAGACGAAGCGAGUUUACCAUCAGGGCCAGGGUAUGUAAUGCAGGCAUUUCUAUUGGAAGAAUCAACCUCUGAGCGCCGGGUUAUGCCCUCGGUUGUUUUCUUACCCAUGCUACAGAAGCAACCAUCUCCUAUCACUGUUACUUUUACACUUACCCCGGCCUAACACAUCCUCACAUGUAGUUUGCAUAUAUGUGUUAUAUUUUUUUAAGAAACAAUCGAUGGCGAUUCCACGACACCUGUGAUUUUUUUAAUUUUAGUUAUAAUUAUUGUAUAAUCCUAAUAUAUAGAUAUAUAAGCGAUUCCUAUAUUUGCAAGUUACCUCAUAUAUUAUGAGAAGGAACAUAUGAGCACAUAUUUUUAUGCAAAUACGGAAAGACUGAGUGAAAUUUUUAUAUAGUCUGUUAAUUUUCACUUUAAUAUA